AUGAUACCAACUACUCACCUACCUGCCAAACCCCAAAAAAUCCAGGAAUUAUUCCCCGAUGCCAUCAUAUCCAAAAUCACCCCAGCACCUGAGCAUCCCCGUUUCAAUUACGACGGCUUCGAACCAGGACGUCGAAUCCUAGAAGCAGGCCAUGUCCGCUAUCCGGGUCGCCGGCCCUUCGGUGUACGAACUAUGUACGAGCGAGACCAAGCCAUUACGGUUCGCGAUGGCGCUCGUUUAUACGCAGACAUCUUCCGCCCCGACUCAUCAGAUACACAGCCUGUCCCGUGUAUCCUUCCGUGGAGCCCGUACGGUAAGACUGGUACUGGUCCUCAGAAUUACGACUUCAUGGCUCCUUAUCGAGCCGGAAUCGCGCUUGAUCGCACAUCGGGCUACGAAAAGUUCGAGGCUCCCGAUCCUGCCGAGUGGGCCGAACGGGGCUAUGCCGUUUUGAACAUCGAUGCUCGUGGUGCUGGGCAUAGCGAAGGAGUUAUUGCACGCUGGGGCAUUCAAGAAGCAGAGGACGUUUACGACGUCAUCGACUGGCUGUCUAAACAGCCUUGGUGCAACGGCUCUGUCGUUAUGGCAGGGAACUCAUGGUUGGCUAUAUCGCAGAUCAACUUUGCUUCCAGAAUGCACCAUCCUGCACUGAAAGCGAUUGCACCCUGGGAAGGCUAUACGGAUCUGUAUCGUCACUAUGUUGCCAGAGGUGGACGUCCCCAUAUUCCUGGCUUUCACCGGAUGAUCUCAAACGGGCUUGCGGGGCCCGAAGGCGUUGAGAAUGUUGUUGCCAUGCUUGAAAAACAUCCGCUGUACGACGACUACUGGGAGGCUAAGAGAAUUCCUGUUGAGAACAUCGACAAUAUUCCUAUGUACGUUGUUGCUUCGUACUCAAGUAUGUUGCACACGUAUGGCUCGUUCCAGACUUUCCGGAAAGCCAAGACAGACAAGAAGUGGCUUCGUGUCCAUCCGUAUCAAGAGUGGUACGACAUGUAUCUGCCAUCCGUCUCGGAUGAACUUCAACGGUUUUUCGACUUCUAUUGCAAGGCUGACAUCUCCAAAACCGCCAACUGGGAAUCCUCAACGCCUCGGGUCAGGCUUUCACUGCUUGGCUUCGAGGCAGAUGGGAGUUCCGCUACGACUGUCAUCGAAAGGCCUGAGGAGAGUUAUCCACUUGCAAGACAAAGGCUCCGAACUCUAUACCUCGAUGGAACAACCGGAAAGCUCAUGGAUCUGAAGCCAGAUCAGAAAUGCAUAAAGUCAUAUGAAGGACGGAGUUUAGGCGAUGGGCUUACCUUCACAGUUACCUUUGACGUCGCAACUGAGCUGGCUGGCUACCCAAAGGCAGUGCUACAUAUGUCAUGUCCCGACUAUGAUGACUUCGACGUCGUCGUGCAGAUCCGCAAGAUCGACAACAAAGGCCGCCAACUCUCGCAUCUCAACUACCCUUGUCCUGUUUCUAUUGAAGAGGUACCCGAAGUAAACACAGCGAAGACUUUAGGUCCGCAGGGCUUCCUUCGAGCUUCGCACAGCGUCUCUCUACAUGGAGAUGGCGGGCCUGUUGUUUCCGACGAUCUGUCGCGCGAGACAGACGUCUUGCACAGCCACCGCGUUCGAAAGCCCAUCAGCCCGGGUACAAUUGUCCGCCUAGAGAUCCCAAUUUGGCCGAUUGGGAUGGUGUUUGCUGCUGGAGAGGGGAUAGCGCUGAAGGUUUCAGGGCAUGAUAUGUGUCUGCCUGAAACUGACUUGUGUCGCUUGACGGAACCAGAGGAUGAGAAUGUCGGGCGACACUAUGUUCAUACAGGAGGUAAUUACGACAGCCAUUUGGUCAUCCCUGUCAUCAUGGGAUAG